GAGGAAGAGAUCUUGUAUCUCAAUGGGACAUUUUCUUGAAAAUUAAAAGCUAAAUAAAAAAACUUAAAUAAACAUCAGACGUGAACAUCAUCAGUGAACAAAAGAGGCACAUGAGGCGGUAAUAUGUUUCUUUGGUUUAAACAUUUUAAUUUCCAUCAAGAUCAAGAAAUGGAAAAUAAAAUCCCACUGCUUGUGCUGCUUUUGUCAGUGAUAGGUGGAGUGGCUGGCCAGGAUCCAGGACCUCUUUAUCCAAUAAAUGGGACUGCAAGCUCUCGAUCAGAUGAUGGAAGUUCACCAAGGAUUGACCUGGAAAGACCUUUCGUCUAUUUUGGACGAACGUACAAUGGCACUUAUGUUAAUCACAACGGACAUAUAACAUUUGACGGUCCACUGAGGACAUUUAGUCCUCAAAGGUUCCCACUACAUGGACCAAGAGACUUCAUUUCACCAUUCUGGACAGAUUUGGACAAUAGGGCAAAUGGUCAGGUAUUAUACAACCAAUAUACCAGUGGCAGUGUUCUCCAACAAGCCACACAGGACAUUAAUUCCUACUUCCCACACAUCAACUUCCAUGCCACCUGGGUCUUUGUGGCAACAUGGUAUGAGGUGGCCUACUUCCCAACUACAGGAACAAGGACAACUGUGCAAGCGGUAUUAAUCUCUGGAGGCCAGUACUCAUUUGUGUUCAUGAACUACGGGAUAAUUGCCAAUACUUCUCGUAAUGUACAGGCUGGCUAUGAUACCAUAAACUCCGAUCACCAUUUCUCUAUCCCCGGAUCAUUCUCUCAUGCUGCAACAGGCAGUAACUCUGUUUUCAGCCACACCAGCAACAUCAAUGUACCUGGUCGUUGGGCCUUUCAGGUCGACCAUGGUUCAACAGGCUGCACCUUCAUUGGGCAACCUGUGCAGCUGGGGGAUUCCUUCUGGAGUGACAGGACCUGUACACAGAAGUGCACGUGCACCUCAGCAGGCCUGCAAUGUUCCUACCAGCCCUGCUCUUUUUCCCAAAUCUGCACGGAAACGUCCUUCCAUUACUCCUGCCAGACAGUGCAGAGACGCACCUGCACCAUCAGUGGUGAUCCACAUUACUACACCUUCGAUAACUCAGUGUUUCACUUUCAGGGCACCUGCACUUACGUUCUUUCAGAGCAGUGUCACAAUUCGCUGCCCUAUUACCGAGUAGAGGGUAAGAACGAGCACCGAGGCAGCACUCGUGUUUCUUGGACGCGAUUGGUGAAAGUGUAUGUCUAUAAUGAAACCAUUGAGCUUGUCAAAGGACAUUCAGGGAGAGCUAAGGUUAAUGGAAACUUUGCAUCCACCCCCUUCUACCUCAAUAACGGCACAGUCCAGGUUUAUGAGUCCGGUUUUACUGUGACAGUCAGCACCGAUUUUGGCCUGAUGGUAUCGUAUGACACAAACCAUUAUGUCCGGAUCAGCCUGCCCUACACUUAUCAGAACGCAACAUGUGGUCUCUGUGGAGACUUCGAUGAUGACCCUGACGAUGAUUUCAGAACCCGUGAGGGAGAGGUCGUGAGCUCUGAUGUGGUUUUUGCCAACAGCUGGCAAGCAGCUGGUGAUGAUGAGCCUGGUUGUGAGGCCCAGUGUGGAGGUCUGGACUGUGCUGUCUGUACUGCAGAUGAGACAGCAUUAUACAGCAAUGGUGCCCACUGUGGUAUCCUCCGGAACAGUUCUGGACCUUUCGCUGUAUGUCACCAACUACUGCCCCCUCAAACCUAUAUGGAAAGUUGUCUUUACGAUCUGUGUGUUGGUGGAGGGUACCAGCCCAUUCUUUGUCAAGCCUUAAAUGUGUACGCAAGUCAAUGUCAACAAAAUGGUGUCCAACUACCAAACUGGAGGAGAUCUGGCUUCUGUGAAAUCCCCUGCCCAGCUAACAGCCAUUUUGAGUCCCACGCCUCGGGAUGUCCAUCCACCUGUGUCAACCCGAAUUCUGCCAACAACUGUUCUCUCCCUGAUCUAGAGAGCUGUGUCUGUAAUACAGGCUACAUCCUUAGUGGUGGCGUCUGUGUCCCUCAUUAUGAGUGUGGCUGCAGCUUUGAGGGUCGCUACUAUCGCUCUGGAGAGACUGUCAUACUAGAUGAGGACUGUGGGAGGCGUUGUAGCUGCAGUUAUGGCUCCAUGACAUGCAACUCACAUGGUUGUGGCCCACAUGAAUCAUGCCAGGUGGAGGAUGGAGAAAGAGGAUGCAGACCCAACAGCUACGCUACAUGCUGGAUCAGAGGCCCUGGGUCAUAUCAAACAUUUGAUGGAGUGACAUACCAAUAUCCUGGGGCUUGUCGACUGACCCUUGCCAAAGUUAUGGGAUUGUCUGAUCACCCACACUUUAUGGUGACUGCAGAGAAAGUCCCAAGAGGACAGCAGGGAUUUGCACAUGUUCUGAAGUUUGAGGCAGAGGGGACACAAGUCACCAUUGAGAUGGGAACCAGCAGCAGAGUUAAGGUUGAUGGUGAGCAGGUCAGACUACCCUACAGCCCUGGGUCCACUCGAAUCCGAAUCUACCAAAGCAGUGUUUUCAGUGUCAUCCUGCGUACAGCCUUUGGUGUAACUGUGCAGACAGUCUGGCCUCACCUUGUGCGUGUCACUGCACCUGCUGUCUAUAACGGCUCCCUUGGUGGACUCUGCGGAAACUACAAUGGUCACCCACAUGAUGACUUCCUUACACCCAAUGGCACUGUGGUCAACAGUUCUCAGGAGUUUGGGGACAGUUGGCGAGAUGGUUCCCUCGCUGCUCACUGUGUGGAAAGUGUGAACCGUAACUCAUCAGUCGAUUUCAAUUCCAGUGAGACCUGUGGCAUUCUCAGCUCACAUCAUGGACCCUUUACAUCUUGCUGGGCUGUGGUGGACCCACGGGAGCAGGUGGAUGUGUGUUUGGAUAUCCUCAGGGGCUCUAGAGAUCCUGCAUCGACACUAUGUGAGGUUCUCCGAGAUUACGCACUAAUGUGCCAACAGAAGGGUGUUUCCUUGGGACCGUGGAGGAAUUCAACUGGCUGUGAGCUAUCCUGUCCUUCAAACAGUCAUUAUGAACUCUUAGGGACAUCUUGUCCUUCUGCCUGCCCAAGCCUAUCCUUCCCCUUCACCUGUGACACUCUGGGUCAGGACGGGUGCCAGUGUGAUGACGGCUUUGCCCUGAAUGGAAACCAGUGUGUACGACCAACAUCUUGUGGAUGCUACCACCAAGGACGCUAUCGGCAAAGUGGGGAACAAUUCUGGGAUGGUGAACAUUGUCAGAGCUUGUGCACCUGUAAUGGUAUGACUGCUGCAGUCCAGUGUGUCCCCACGUCCUGUGGACCCCAGGAGUCGUGCCGUGUGGUGGAAGGUGAGCUUGGAUGCCAUCCCAGCCCUCAUGGCACCUGCUCUGCCUCCGGAGAUCCUCACUACGUCACUUUUGAUGGCCGGGCCUACGACUUCCAGGGAACCUGUCGCUAUGUUCUGGCAGCAGUUUGUAAUGCCACUGAUGAGGUCCAGCAUUUUUCUGUGGAAGCGAAGAAUGAAGCGUUGAACGGGUUGCCACUUUCUGUCACAGCUGAAGUCUUUGUUGAUGUGUUGGGCUACCAAGUGCUUAUGUCUAGAAACAUCCCGGGCAUGGUAGAGGUAAAUGGAAUUACAAGAAAUCUCCCUAUUCUGUUGAAUCGAAAUCUAUCUAUUUUUGCCAGUGGAUCCCAAACAUUUGUCAGCGCAGGUUUUGGUUUGAGUGUCACGUAUAAUGGAUGGAGCACAGUCUCUAUCUCUGUACCUUCAAAUUACAGGUAUCUGCUGUUCACUACACCUCACAAAGAUGGUGAGUCCUUCUGGACAGACGGUUGCUCGCAGAGAUGUGAAUGUCACGCCCCCAAUGACCUGCGCUGCUCUCCUGCAUCGUGCAGUCCUGCACAGCAGUGCACCAUCAGGGAUGGCCAGCUGGGAUGUCACGAUGCCAUGUCCACUUGCACCGUGUGGGGAGACCCUCACUACAUCACCUUCGAUGGAGCCCUGGCACAUUUCCAGGGCACAUGCUCUUACGUCAUUACUGAGAGCGUAGGCCACAGCGGCAAUGAAACACAGUUUAAGGUAGUAGCCACCAACAAUCACCGUGGCAACAACCUUGUGUCGUUUGUGUCUGCGGUGGAUAUUUACCUCUCAAACCAACCAGAGAGUGUGCAUGUGAGGCUUGGACCCAACAAGAGAGUGAAGGUAAAUGGAGGUGAGGUUUCUCUUCCUGCCGCAGCAGGAACUGGAGCUCAGGUGCUAAGGCAGGGCAGCAACAUAGUGCUGGAUGCAGUUGACUUCAUCGUCCAGUUUGACGGUCAGAGUACUUUACUGGUCAGAAUGGGCCAACACUGUCAGAACAGAGUCACCGGGAUGUGUGGGAACUUCAACAAUGAUCCUACAGAUGACAAAGUGUUACCGAACGGCACACGAGCACUAAAUGACAAUGAAUUUGGUCACGGCUGGAAGUCCUCUACAAGCCAACCAGGAUGUGGAUCCACAGAUGAAGACCCUGACGAUGUGAAUGAUUGUCCCUUUUUAGAAGAAUACUCUGAACUCUGCAGCGUCCUCACAAACACCAGUGGUCCAUUCAGUGAUUGUCACCUACACUCUGACCCACAGCCAUUUUUCACUUCCUGUGUCUAUGAUCUCUGUCUCUACUCUCAAACCAAUGGGAUGCUGUGCUCUGCUGUCUCGGCCUAUGAGAGAACUUGCGCUGUUUUGGGGUUGAACAUCCCGGACUGGCGCUCUGCUUUACAGUGUGCGGAGUCAGACCCCUGUGAAACACUGGACUGCACAGAGUAUGAGUGGUGUGGGGAAAAACAUGGUGUGUACGGCUGCUUCUGCGAUGAACACCACCACCGGCCCAACAACGAAAGCUAUGACUCGUCCAUCACUUGUGAGAGCAGUUCGGGCACCAUGUCUGUGUCUCGCUGCCAGCUGUUUGAAGAAGGCUUUCACUCCGAUGUCCUUCAUCUCCGAGACCACUCCUGCAAUGGGACGCUUCAGGACGGACGGGUUGUGUUCCACUUCGACAACGACAACCACCUGUGUGGGACGGUCCUCAGGAGCAAUGGAACCCAUUUCAUGUAUGAGAACACCAUCCAGGCCGACGUGGACCGUCAUGGAGAUGUAAUAAGUCGCCAGAGAAGCCUCCAACUGCUUUUCUGCUGUGAAUUCCCUCUGAGCCAGGCCUUGUCUAUGGAUGUGGGCAUCAGCCCUGUGGAGAGCAUACUGAGGAAGAAACUUCCAGUUGGCAAUGGUUUAUAUCAUAUUAGAAUGAUCCCCUUCCAGGACCCAAGCUUCCUUAUACCUUACAGCAGCCACGGUAACAUAGAAAUGGAGGUGGAUGAGAGGAUUUACGUGGAGGUGCGAACAGAUGGAGUAGACGGACGGCAGAUCUCCACCCUCCUAGACUCAUGCUGGGCCACGCCAGUCAACGUUGCAAACUACCCUGUCCGCUGGGAUCUCAUUAUUGCAGAGUGUCCUAAUCCAGAAGACGGUACAGUGAAGCUGUUACAGAAUGGCAUCUCCACCGUGGCCCAUUUCUCCUUCAACAUGUUCAGCUUUACUAACUAUUCAUCCAUUUACAUUCACUGUAACGUCCACUUGUGUCUUCUGAGAAACAGCAACUGCACAGCUCGCUGCAACCUGGAUCACCACAGGCGAUUUCAGAGGGAUGCAUCCCAUCAUGACUCUACAAGCAUCUCAGUGGGACCACUCAGCGCACAGACACAUCCCUAUGACUCAAGAGUCCACAGGAGCGGCGCUUCAGACCAGCUGACCUCCAUCGACGGCCAAACUUCUGGUCCAGUAAGACCGAAGAGGGAUUAAUGUUCAGACUCUUUCACCAGUCAUCUAGUUUUUGAUGCCUGAGGGCUUUUACUUUGGGUGUUUUUGUUUGACACUGUUGUGUAGCAGUGAAGUUAAAAUCCAUAUCCACUUUGCAUUUUUAUCUUUGGUUCUUUUAUGGGGAUUUUAAUCAUAAAAUGUAUGUCACAUAUAAUGAGUGUAGUAAAGUAUAAAUUGAUUUCGUUCUAAUGUAAAUCACUGUUUCAGAUACCUAAAGUCAUCAAUAUAAAAUACCAAGAAUUGAAACAUCUGAAACUAUGUUCUAAUUGCUUUCACUAGUAGCAUUUAUUGUAUGUUUUAUAAAACAUACGUCUUUGAAACAUGCAAUAAAAUGUAUUUCAAAGGACAUAUAUCUCAAAUGGGAAUUUACAAAUAAAUUGUUCUAAAGAUUAACUAUAACUGAACUAAUAACGGUGCAUGGUGGUGAUAAGGGAAAUGUUCGGAAAACCAUAUAUGACAUGUUCCAUGUAAUCUUUGUAUAUUCAAAUAAAUGUAUAGAUUCAUGCACUCACUGUGUGCAGAAUCGUGAGGAGGGGGGUCUCCUGGUCUUAGUGAGGACUCUGGUCUCCUGGUCUUAGUGAGGACUCUGGUCUCCUGGUCUUAGUGAGGACUCUGGUCUCCUGGUCUUAGUGAGGACUCUGGUCUCCUGGUCUCAGUGAGGACUCUGGUCUCCUGGUCUUAGUGAGGACUCUGGUCUCCUGGUCUCAGUGAGGACUCUGGUCUCCUGGUCUUAGUGAGGACUCAGGUCUCCUGGUCUCAGUGAGGACUCAGGUCUCCUGGUCUUAGUGAGGACUCUGGUCUCCUGGUCUCAGUGAGGACUCUGGUCUCCUGGUCUUAGUGAGGACUCUGGUCCCUGGUCUCAGUGAGGACUCUGGUCUCCUGGUCUUAGUGAGGACUCUGGUCCCUGGUCUCAGUGAGGACUCUGGUCUCCUGGUCUUAGUGAGGACUCUGGUCUCCUGGUGUCAGUGAGGACUCUGGUCUCCUGGUCUUAGUGAGGACUCUGGUCUCCUGGUGUCAGUGAGGACUCUGGUCUCCUGGUCUUAGUGAGGACUCUGGUCUCCUGGUCUUAGUGAGGACUCUGGUCUCCUGGUCUUAGUGAGGACUCUGGUCUCCUGGUGUCAGUGAGGACUCUGGUCUCCUGGUCUUAGUGAGGACUCUGGUCUCCUGGUCUUAGUGAGGACUCUGGUCUCCUGGUCUUAGUGAGGACUCGGGUCUCCUGGUCUUAGUGAGGACUCGGGUCUCCUGGUGUCAGUGAGGACUCUGGUCCCUGGGCAGCAGGUUCAGGACUAACUGCAGCUGGUGAUGGAGGUUCUAGGGAGACCCGUGAGACCAGCGUUACAGUAGUCCAGUCUACUGAAGAUAAAGUCCUGCUGAGUCCUUUAAUCCUCCACAUGUUCUUCAGGUGAUAACAGACUUCACUACUGCCUUGGUGUGGCUGCUAAAGUUCAGGAAGUCCAGAAUAAUUAAACUACAGCAACCCCACUCAGAGAAAUUGUCUGUGAGUGCUGGGAAUCAGUAAAGUCUCUGGAUCUCUGGAAAGCGUCUAGAGACAACAUCUGUUGUAUUAGACGCUAUAUAAAUAAAAUUGAAUUGAAAGUAAUAAAUAAUUUGUUUAGAUUACACCACCAUGAUACCAGUCAUCUCCACGCCUUCCUGUUUACUGUUUUGCUAUUUCAUUUGAAAAUAAAAGUACUCUUACUUUAA